AUGAAAUCCCCCACAGUACGUCUCCAUGUGGUGGCUCUCAAAGCUUUUGCACUUGGAGCAGUGUUUCUGGCAGCUCUAGCAAUCAUCUGGCUCAAUCUGUCCAACUCAACUAUCUUUCGGCUAGCAGCUUAUGGCCUUGCAACCUCCAUCUUCCAUAUGCUUGAGUUUCUCACCACAGCAUAUUACAACACAGCGGAGGUCGAUGACGACUCGUUCAUUCUUACAGAUAGAGAUUUGCAUCUUGUGGUUGUUGCUUCUGUUGUUGAAACUGUAACAGUCCACUAUUUUUUUAACUACCUGACCUAUUCUCUCAAUGUCGGAGUUUUAGUAGUGGUUGUAGGUCAAGGUUGCCGGACCCUAGCCAUGGCCACUGCUGGUGAAUCAUUCAAUCAUUAUGUGCAAAGAGAACACACCGAAAAGCAUAAAUUGGUUACUUCGGGUAUCUACCGCUUCCUCCGUCAUCCCAGUUACUUUGGCUACUUCUGGUGGUAUGUGGGCAUGCAGAUCAUCCUCGGAAACUGGGUAAUGGCUGCAGUGGGCACAUACAAAUUACAUGGAUUCUUCAAGGCUAGAAUUCAGUACGAGGAAGAAUUUCUUGGAUCUUUCUUUCCUGACUACUCCAAGUACGCCGCAGCUACUCGCGUGUUGAUCCCUGGCAUCGCAUAG